AAGAAAACGAUAACGAAAUAAAAAAUAUUAAUAGAAUUUUAGCAACUACUCUAUAUAAAAAAUCUGCUGAACUAGAAAAUGUUGUUGGUUGUUAUCAAUAUGGUGAUAUCUUAAUAAAUGGAAAAUUAGGAAAUCAAAAGAAAUUGUCAUUAGGUUACACAUUUAUGAAAAAAGCAGCUGAUAACAAUCAUGAAAAAGCUAUCGAAGUUAUUAAAACAUUAAAUAACGACUUUAGUUUAAAAUAUCAAUUUAAUUAA